CCCAGCCGUGCGGGCGGGACCGCAACAUGGCUGCGGCGCGGACGCUGCUGCUGUCCCUGCUGCUGUCGCUGCUGCUGUCCGCGCCGCCCGGAUGGGUGCGGGGACAGCCGUCCCCAGGUCGCGACCGCCGCCUCUCGGAGUUUAAGCUCUGCGCCGACGCCGAGUGCAGCAUGUUAAUGGCCCGGGGUGAAGCGCUCGGAGAUUUCACUGGCCCGGACUGUCGCUUUGUGAAUUUUAAAAGGGGUGACCCUGUAUAUGUCUACUAUAAACUGGCAGGUGUUUUGCCUGAAGUUUGGGCUGGAAGUGUUGGGCGUAGUUUUGGGUAUUUCCCAAAGGAUUUGAUCCGGGUGGACUAUGAGUACACCAAGGAGGAGCUACAAGUCCCAGCAGAUGAGACGGACUUCGUCUGUUUUGAUGGGGGAAGAGAUGAAUUUGCCAGCUAUGAUGUAGAAGAACUCUUAGGGUUUUUGGAAUUGUAUGAUUCUGUAACGGAAGAUUCUUCAGAAGGCUUUGCUAAGGAGGUGGCCCCCAGUGGAGAGAAGCCCCCUUCCGAGCCCGGGCCUGUAGACAGCGAGGUCGAGGGAGGCACCCAGGACCUUGGGGAGCCCCAGCCCCCCACAGACCCAGGCCAAGCCCCAGCCCCAGCGCCAGUCCCAGCAGAGGGCCCUACCUCAGAGGCCUUCGAAGAAAUGUUGCAAGAGAAACUGAAAGUGCCAGAAAGUGAGGGCAACAGAACUGGCUGGCGUCCCCAGGCCUCUGGGGAGCGGAAGCCGGAUGCCUUCAAGUUCCUACAGAAGGAAAUGACUCUUGACUUGAAGACCAAGUUUGGCUCUACAGCAGAUGCCAUGGUGUCUGAUGAUGAGACGACAGGACUGGUGACCUCCCCGGAAGAGGACUUCGACGGGGCGCUGGACACCAAGUCCUAUGCCAUGGAGGGUGGGGAGGUGAACGGCAGAGGCCUUGAGGAACUGCCGCUCCUGACCUUCACUGACUCAGAAGAUCCCGGCCCUGCAGUGGGGCCUGGGCCAGAGAAGUCCUCAGCAGAGGAGGCGCAGAACUCGGGGAAGGGGGAGGGCAAAGGCCCAGCAGCUCCGCCCCCUGGCGUGGGGACUGGUGAUAAGAACAUACUGACCACCUGGGGGGACACUCUCUUCUCCAUUGUCGCAGGAGGUGAUGGCAGGCCCAGUGUGUCACAUCUGGAGGGCUCCGAUUCAGAGGAAGAAAAGGAAGAUGGUGAUGCCGCAGGCCCAGAGAGCAAGCGGAGGAGGCCGCGCACACCAGCAGAUUCUUUAGACCCUGAAACUGCAGGUGACUUUUUUGUAGAAGUCUUUAAAACAAAUGAAGAAAAUGACCCAGGAGUGGACACAGAACCUCCCAAUGAAGAAAAAGGCAGGGAAAUCCAGGAGCCUCCAGUACAAGAUGAGGCCCAGUCGGAGGGAGUGAGGCCAGAGGGCGUGGAUGGGCAGAGCACUGUGCCCACCGCCAGGAAGGGCAGAGACCCCCUUCCCCUGGCCUUGGAGAGCAGAGGUGGUGACUCUCAAGAAGCUGGUGUCCCUGGCACAAAAGAUGCACUCCAGGAAGAAGGAUCUGGAGUGGAGAUUUGGGCGGAUGGCUCACAGAGCGGCUCAGAAAGCGGCGAGGUGCAGGAAGCUGCAGGCGGUGAGCCGGGAGGGGAGCACUCGCGGGAGCCCUCCAGGCCCAAGCUGCCUUCUGGGGCCGAUCCACCCCACAGUGGGUCGGAAGCCAGUGUGCCCGCUGCAGGGGGCUCAGCAGGGGGGCCCGACCUGCACCCCAGUGUGGCACAGCACCCUCCAGGGGAGCGCAGUGAGGAGCCAGCCCUUAAUGCCCAACAUCAACCUCAGUUUUCUGCUCCAGCUGCUGCGGGUUUGUCAGGAAAAUCAGAAGAGGAGGUCAUAGCUCUAGGAGGAAAUCUCUCCAGGCCACCACAGAGAGAUGCGGAUUACCAGGGGACGGAAGAGACAGAGUCAGCUGUAGGCUUGGACUCCGGCCAGGCCCAAGCAGAGCAGAGGGCAGGAGAGAGGGGCCCGCAGGAGGGCUCGGCAGCGGCUCCAGGCUCCCCAGCUGUGGAGACAGAGGGGGAAGAAAUGCAGGAGGAGGAGGAGGGAGGGGAGGAAGAAGAAGAGGAGGAGGAGGAGCUGCUGGAGGAUGAAAAUGCUGCAAGUGCCAAGCAGUCUCAAGAUACCCGCCAGGAAUUCUGGGGCUGGAAGUCCCCUGUCGGUCCCAGAGGCUCCGCGGAGGCACAUUUAGGGACCAUUCAACCUGAUCCAGGAACCAAAGAAGACCAACAACCGAAUGGGCCGUUUGGGACUGAAGAAGAAAAUGCUACUGCAGCAGGAGAGGAAGGCAGCCCAGGGCCAGGCGGCACGGAGGUGGAGGCCGAGGAUGGAGAGCCCCCAGCACAGGCCAGGGACAGAGCCCAGGCGGAGUCAGAGCCCAGCGGCCCUGCAGGUCGCGACAAAGGCCCCUGGCCAGGGCUGGGCGAGGCGCUGCAAGCAGACGGCCCGGGGGCUGUGGGACUGGAUGGGGACAGCGCAGGGUCCGCGGAGGGGUUCCCGGGGGAGCUCUCUGAGGAGGCCGGGGAUACGGGGCACCUGGGGCCCACCUCUGCAGACCCCGGAGACGAAGACCCGUCCUGGGGGCGUCCCCAUGCUGGGCUGGAGCCAGGGCUGGACAGCGGUGGGGAGGACUGGCCCAUCGUCCGCAGCUUCUUCAAGGAGCAGCAGACCUGGCGGCGCUUCCUCAAGUACCUCGACGCCCGCGCUCUGGAAGCCAUGCUGCAGGACAUGUCCUCCAAGCUGAGGGCUGCGCGGCAGGAGAGCCUGCCCUACAACGCGGACAAGGUGCUGGACAAGGUCUUCCGGGCCUCCGAGGCCCAGAUUCUGAGCGCAGCAGAGAAAAUGCUCGACACCCGCCUGAUGGAAAGCAGAGGCCCGGGGCCACAGGAGAGUAACAAGCUGGAGGAGUACGCAGUGCUGGACGACGUCCUUGACCUGAUCUACUUCGUCAGGUACAGGCACUUGGCGGAGGAAGAGCGCCCCCCGCUGGCCGCGGCGCCUGCACUGGAGGAAGGCUGGAGUGGACCCGCCGCAGUGACAGCGCUGCCCCCAGAUGAUCCCUUCCCACAGGAGACGGAGGAUGAUCCCAGCUCGCAGCUCCCCGAAGAGCUUGGCCCCUGGAGCCAACUCGGGAGCGGGAAUGCAGGUGCCUCUGAAGCAGCUCAGAGCCCUGGUCCGUGGGAGGACGGAGCCCCAGGGGUGGUUAGGCCAGAAGGUGCUGGAGCCGAGCCUGGGGGCACAGAGGACCGCGCGGAGCGCAGCCUGGAGGAGCUGAGCCCCCUGGGAAGCUUGGUGCUGGCACUGCGCUCGGUCCUGCCGCAGCUCAGCAGGACGGCUCGGCGCGCCGAGCGGAGCGGAAGGUGCAGCUGUGCAGUCCCGCCCCCUGCCGCCUCCAGGAAGGACGCCUCGCCGAAGCGGGGCCUGGCUGCCUGUCGGCCGGGUCCGCAGGGGCUGUCCUGCGCCAUGGACGCUGUGCCGGCCACUGUGCCCGCGGUCACCGUGUCCCCGGGCGACCCCGAGCUUCUGGGGCCCCUGUCGGUGCUGUACGCGGCCCUCGUGGCCCGGCUCCUGGAGCUGGUUGCUACGUUGCCUGAGGAUGUUCAGCCUGGGCCUGACUUCUACGGGCUGCCCUGGAAGCCUGUGGUGCUUACUGCCUGUUUGGGAAUUGUUUCAUUUGCCAUUUUCUUCUGGAGAACCGUUCUUGCUGUGAAGGAGAGAAUAUACCAAGUCACUGAACAGCAGAUUUCCGAAAAGGUGAAGAAUACCACGAAAGAAAAUGCAGAACUUGUACAAAAAUUAUCAAAUUAUGAGCAGAAGAUCAAGGAGUCAAAGAAGCUCGUUCAGGAGACCAAGAAACAAAAUAUGAUUCUCUCUAGUGAAGCAGUGCAGUACAAGGAUAAAAUCAAAGUACUUGAAGAAAAUAAUGAAAUUCUGAGUGACACAGCUAAGACUCUCCGUGUUAUGUUAGAAUCCGAGAGGGAACAGAAUGUGAGAAAUCAGGACUUGAUUCUAGAAAACAAAAAAUCUAUGGAGAAGCUGAAGGAUGUUAUUUCAAUGAAUGCCUCAGAGUUUUCGGAGGUUCAGGUUGCCCUGAAUGAAGCCAAGCUGAGUGAAGAGCAGGUGAAGUUCGAGUGCCACCAGGUCCAAGAAGAAAAUGCGAGGCUGAAGAAGAGGAAAGCGCAGCUGGAGCAGGAAGUUGAAGAGUGGAAGAGGUCACACGCUGAGCUCAGCGAGCAGGUCAGAGCCUUUGAGCAGUCCCAGAGAGACCUGGAUGCCGCUCUGGCUCAUAAGGACAGCAGCAUCGGCGCUUUGUCCAAUUGCAUCACGCAGUUGAAUCAGUUAGAGUCCAGGUCUCGGUCUGAGGGUCCAAGUCCAGGCGGAAAUGAGCCAGAUGAGUUAGCCAACGGAGAAGUGGGAGGUAACCAGAGUGAGAUGCAAGAUCAGAUUAGGCAGAUGCUGGAUGUCUCUCGGACACAGACAUCGAUUUCAGUACUUGAGGAGGAUCUCAGACUUCUACAGGGGAAGCUGCGGGCCGCGAUGUCCGCCAAGAGUGACCUGGAAGACCAGAUGAAGAGACUGGGUGAGGACUGUGGUGUGCUGCAGGCCACCAAGGCUGGGCUGGAGGAGGAGUGCAGGACGCUGCGGCAGAAGGUGGAGAUCCUGAACGAGCUCUAUCAGCAGAAGGAAAUGGCGCUGCAGAAGAAGCUGAGUCAGGAAGAAUAUGAGCUGCAGGAGCGGGACCAGCAGCUGUCGGCGGCCGACGGGAAGGUGGUGAUGGCCACAGAGGAGGUCAGAGCGUACAAGCGGAGAAUUCAGGAAAUAGAGGAAGAGCUACAGAAGACAGAACGCUCAUUUAAAAACCAGCUUGCAGCUCACGAGAAGAAAGCUCACGAGAACUGGCUCAAAGCGCGCAAUGCAGAGAGGCUGAUCGCGGAGGAGAAGAGAGAGGCCGCCAACCUGAGACACAGAUUAGUGGAAAUGACCCAGAAGUUGGCCAUGCGGCAAGACGAACCUGUGAUUGUCAAGCCGCUGCCGGGAAGACCAGGGGCCCAGAACCCUCCCCGGAGAGGUCCCCUUAGCCAGAAUGGCUCUUUCGGCCCAUCUCCCGUGAGUGGUGGCGAGUGCUCCCCGCCCCUGAGUGCAGAGCCCCCAGGCCGGCCACACUCUGCGAACUUCGCACGAAGAGACCUGCCAAGAAGUGACUUUGAUCUAGGCCCUGGUCCCGGUCCCGGUCCCGCGGGGAAUGGUGGCUCCCGAGGCUCCUCUCCUGCGAAGGGCAUGGACGAGGGCAAGGCGAGCAUGGCCGCGAAGGGAGCCCCUCCAUUCCCAGGGCCAACAUUCAUGGGAGGCCCGCUGCCACCACCUGUGGGAUACGGGCCACCACUGCCGCCGCCGCCACUCUGUGGACCUUUCGGGCCUCGGCCGAUGCCUCCGCCGCCUCCGCCAUUUGUGCCUUACAUGUGCCCUCCGCUUGGCCUGAGGGAGUAUGCCCCGGGCAUCCCUCCUGGACGCCGAGACCUGCCUCCACACGCCCGGGAAUUCGUGCCAGGACCCGUGCCAUUCCGACCUCCAGGCCCACUUGGUCCCAGAGAGUACUUUAUUCCAGGUCCUCGAUUGCCACCACCACCUGCUGGCCCCCAGGACCAGCCACUCCCGCCAGCUGAGGGGAACUCCCUGCUUUCAGGCCCCCGAGAAGAGCCUGCACCAUCCUCUCCUCGAAGCAGCCAGGACUCUUCGCAGGCUCUGAGACAGAGCCCUUGACUGACCUCCAUGCAGAGGGAAGCGGACUGCACUAGAUGGCGGAGGUUUCCAUUGGCCUGAAAUCCAAAAGUUUAUUUUCGAAGGUUUUCAGUACUCGGCUGCCUUGGCAGUGUGCAUUUUUGAGCCCAACAAUUCAGAAGUCUCAUCUUCCCCUCUAAAAAUUGCCUCCUAAAGCUUGAGUGUCCUUCCAACUUUGAAAUGUGCAAUAUCAAUACCUGUGUUUUAGUUAGUGUAGCAUAUGUAAUUGUAAAAUGAUUCAGAAUGUCAUAAAGAUGACCAUUUCCUGUGGAAAUGCUUUAAGAACACGUAUUUCCAUUAUCGUCCGUGUCAGCUGAAUGCAGAGCAGCGGUGUUCCCACGCUUGGCCCUGUCCCGCCCCGCCCUGCCCCAGAGACUGUUACGUGAGGGGGUUUACUCAGAGAUCACAAACUCUCCCUGCCGCCCAUGUCCUUUGUAGCAAUAGUUAAUAAAAACUUGUUUGUUAAUAUU